AAAAGUGUAGUAAUAAUAAUGAUAGCAGAGUAACGUUUUAAGUUCCCUCAUAUAAAGAUAUCUCUGAAAAAGCCAUUUGCCUUUCUUCUCUGCUUCUGCUGCUGCAUUUUGCUUACGUCUUUCCAUACUUUCUGCUACCCUUUAACGCCCCUCUAAAACACUACCUUCUCUUCUUUUACUUAGGCCCCUUUUGAUUAUUCUUUCUGUAAACUUCAACUUCUUUGUUUUUUUUCUUUUCCUUUUAUAGAACCCAAUAUUUUCUUGAAAAACAAAAAAAAAAUGUUAUCUCAUAGUAUGGGUUGGAUGGAUGGUAAAGAAGAUGAAGAAACUGGUUCAUGGGUUCAUCAAAAUAACAAUGAAAAUAAUCAUAACAACAACAACAGAGAUGAAAUGGAGAUGGGUGCACUUUCUACUUUCAAAUCUAUGCUUGAUGCUGAAGAUGUAGACUGGUACAACAUGGCCACUAACAACAACAACAAUCACAACAACAGUGGUGGUGCCAUGCAAUUUGGUUCUAAUUUUACUGAAGCUGAAAACAAUUUGCUUUUACAGCCAGUGGAUUCAUCAUCUUCUUGUUCACCAUCUUCUGCUUCUGUUUUUAACAAUCUUGACCCUUCUCAGGUUCACUUUUUCUUUCCCCAAAAAUCCACUAUUCCUCCUUUGCUCAGUGGCUUAAACAACCCAUUGGAAAAUGGUUUUGAUUUGGGUUGUGGUGAAAAGGGGUUUCUUGAAACUCAUCAAAAUUUGAGUGUUUUGAAUAAAACUGGGAUGUUUACUAGUGGGUUUCAAGAUUUGAGCUCUCAAAACCAAAUGGGGCAUAACAAUUUGAGUUCUUUUACUCAAUUCCCUUGUACCAAUUUGCUACAAAUGCCUCAAACAAGUUCUGGUUUUGGUCCAUUGGUUGGGUUUGGUGACAAUUCUGCAAAUGACAACUCUGUGUUUCUUAAUAGGUCUAAGUUAUUAAAACCUCUUGAUAAUUUUGCUUCAAUUGGAGCACAACCUACUCUUUUCCAAAAAAGGGCUGCACUUAGGAAAAACUUGGCUAAUAAUAGUAGUGGCAAUUUGGGGAAUGAAAUUGGUCAGACUUCAAGCAAUAAAGAAGUGAAUGAAAGGAAGAGGAAAUGUAGUAAUUUGGAUGAACUUGAAGAUGUGAGUCUUGACGGAUCUACAUUGAAUUACGAUUCUGAUGACCUUAUUGAAAAGGUGGAGGAUAGUGUUAAAAAUGGUGGGAAUAGCUCAAAUGCAACUAGUGNAGGACUCGGCCUGAUGGACAGGGCUUCAAUCUUAGGAGAUGCAAUUGAGUACUUAAAGGAGCUUCUACAGAAAAUCAAUGACCUGCAUAAUGAACUCGAGUCAACACCACCUGGCUCUUCAUUGACUCCGGCAACAAGCUUCUACCCUUUAACGCCAACUGCAACAGCUCUACCUGGCCGAAUCAAGGAAGAACUUUGUCCGAGUUCAUUUGCAAGCCCACUGUCUAGCCCUACUGGUCAACCUCCAAGGGUUGAAGUAAGGGCAAGAGAAGGAAGGGCCGUGAAUAUCCAUAUGUUUUGCAGCCGCAGACCAGGCCUUUUACUCUCAACAAUGAGGGCUCUGGACAAUCUUGGACUGGACAUUCAACAGGCUGUUAUCAGCUGCUUCAAUGGGUUUGCCUUGGAUAUCUUCCGAGCUGAGCAAUCCAAAGAAGGUCAAGACAUCCAUCCAGAACAAAUUAAGGCAGUGUUGCUGGACUCUGCUGGCUUCCAUGGGAUGAUAUAAGCUUUUGCGGUUUUCAACGAGAGGUUCCGUCCAAGAUGUUGGACCUCAUACUCUAGCUUCUAAACCUCAGGCUUCCUAUGCUCCUUUUUAAGUUUACAGAUAUUUUCAUUUAUUAGCCAUUGUAUUGUGUUUUCUCUAGGAAAAACGUUGUGCGUAUGCUUAGAAGCUCUAAAACUGAAUGCUAUGAAUUUUUCAGUGACAAGUUCCUUAUUCUGGAUGAUCCUUCUUUAUUCA